UAACACGGGUGGAGUCAGAGAGACGUAUUAGACCCAGAAAGAAAAAAAGAAGAGUUUAGGGGAAGAAUCACAUUUCCAAAAGAGAGAGAGAAUGGCUCAAGAGGGGAAUGGGACUGCGAGUAGAGGUAGCAGCCGCAUCGGCGACAACGAAAACAGGUGGUCGCUUCAGGGAAUGACGGCUCUUGUCACCGGUGGAACAAAAGGAAUCGGGCAUGCCAUUGUGGAGGAACUAGCGAGGCUUGGGGCGACCGUGUAUACCUGCUCUAGAAAUGAAGCCGAAAUUAAUGAAUGCUUGAAAGAUUGGAAGAGCAAGGGUUUUCGAGUCACGGGUUCGGCUUGCGACGUUUCCUCCAAAUCGGAGCAAGAGAAGCUGAUGCUCAGCGUGUCACCCCUCUUCGAUGGCAAGCUCAACAUCCUUAUAAACAACAUUGGGACCAACAUUGUAAAGACGACCAUGGAUUACACAGCGGAAGAUUUUUCCUUCAUCAUGACAACUAACUUCGAAUCGGCUUACCAUCUGAGCCAGCUCGCGCAUCCCCUUCUGAAGGCCUCGGGAGCUGGAAGCAUUGUGUUCUUAUCAUCCGUUUGCGGCAUUGUUUCAGUGAACGUCGGAUCAAUUUACUCGGCCACCAAAGGAGCAAUGAACCAAUUGACCAAAAAUUUGGCAUGCGAAUGGGCUAAGGACAACAUAAGGAGUAACUCUGUUGCACCUUGGUUCAUACUGACUCCACUAGCCGAGCUUGUACUUGGUGACAAGAAUUUUCACGAGGAGGUGAUAGCAAGGACGCCGCUCGGCCGCACUGGAGAGCCAGAGGAGGUGUCGUCAUUAGUGGCCUUCUUGUGCUUGCCGGCGGCCUCUUACAUAACAGGGCAGACUAUUUGUGUUGAUGGAGGGUUCACCGUGAAUGGCUUCUUAUUUCCUGGAGCAUGAGUCCAACUUUCUUCUAUCAGUAAGAUGUUCAUCAUGCAUUGUCGUUUCAGGGACAAAGAAGUUUAUUUUUCACCAAUAAGGACAACAUCUCUAAUGUGUGUAUGUGGACAAUUUCUUGAUCAUACAAGUGUCAGGAAGAGUAGCUUCUAUGCUACUUUAUGUUUAUCUACUCCGACUUUCUAUUCACA